AUGUCGAGGCACAAGGCGCGCGCGAGCAAGUCCGACUUCAACAUUGUGCCGUACCGGUGCAGCCCCGCGCCGCAUGCGCGCCAGGGAGCUCCCGACGCCCAAGCCUCGUCGCGUUUCCUCUUCGUCGAGGUCCAUGGCCCCCACCGCAAGCACCGCCAGGCCCUGCGCUACGACCGCUCCACCCAGGAGCUGAAGAGCCAUGUCAUGCUGGUCACCAGCGAGCGGAAGCGCAAGACGCGCGCAAAGCACGACGACGGCGCCAGCGACGAUCUGCCCGAGCUGCAAGUCCUGGCGCGCCUGCCCCCGGAUUGUCGAACCGGCCUCACCUCGGACAUCGACACGCACCUUAUUGAUCCUUUCGAUGUGCUCCCCGUCCAGGGCAGCCCGCGGCUGCACGAAGCCAUGAGAUACUUCUUCGAGAACUACCCCGGCCCCACGCCCAUGACCGACGACAUAUUCGUCUGCGACCGCAACCGCUACAAGCGGGAGCGCGUGCAGUGGGAGAACACCGAGUACCAUCUCUGCUACGGCGAGCCCGCCGGCUACUACAACACGCUCUUCGUCUACGAGAUCCUGCAGAACCUCGCCCGCAACACCGACUGCCUCACCGUCACGGCCAACAAGUACCUGACCUGGACCAUCCGAGCCGUGCGCGAGGGCAUGCCCAAGAAGGGCGAAGACAAGCCCAUCACCGACUCGUUCGUCGCCACCGUCGGCGGCUUGAGCGUCGUUGAAGUCUUCAUCGGCCACUGGGCCGAAGCCGAGAGCCACAGAGAGGGCAUGCUGGCCCUCGUCGCCGCCCGCGGCGGCAUCUUUACCUUCUCCCACCUGGCCCAACGCACCAUCAAGUGGAUCGAGUACCUCUGCUGCGCUGCCAAUGCUACGGCCCCGACGCUGCCGCCGCUGCCGCUCCUGCCGCUCCCCGCCGAGCUCGAUGCCAUGGCCUCCGUUGCUCACCAACGCUCAAUGACGCUGCUCCCGCGCGAGUUCAGCGAGGAGGAAGACGAUGACGACGAAAUCGUCGACUCGGCCGACGAUUACUACUACUACGGCGAGAUCUCGACCAUCGUACGCGAACUGCACAUAGUCAGCUUUGGCAGCAUGCUUUUCCGCGGCCGGCCGGUGGCCACGGUCAUCGACGACGUCGAGCACCGGUUGCUGGAGGAGCUGGUGCGGCGACAGAAGCUGCACCAGCUGCAUCAGCAUCAGCGGCGGCACUCUUCGCCGCACUCGCCCGCUUCGGUCGCCGCAAUUGGGGUGCUCAGCUUUGAGACGGUGUACGAUGCGGUGCUGCUGGCGGCGCAUGUGUAUAUCUGGGCGGCGCUGAAUCCGGGUCCCAAGGAGAUGGCGGCCAAUUCCGUCUUCAGCGCGCGGCUGCGCGAUCUGCUCGACGUGUCAGACCUCGUCGAAAGGUGGCCAGGUGAGACGACGUCAUCGAUGGAGAGCCUGCUGUGGGUCCUGUUCAUGGGAUGGGGCGUUUCGGCGCAGCAGAGGGGCGAUGUCAAGGGCGCUAUGGGAAUGGCCAUGUGGUAUGCGGCGCGCAUCUUUGAGACGAUGGAGGCGAUGGGGAUGCGGGGAGAAGAGGAGCUGAGCGAGACAUUGAAGGCGUUUCCUUGGGUUGAUGACUUUUGCCGCGGGCCGUGCGGGGUUUUAUGGAAUAUUGAGUACCUGGAAAUCGGAAGUGCUGUUAGCCGAUCCGCGGGGCCCCACCAAGGCCUCCUCCCGCGCUAUGACUACCGGACGCUGAUCCCCCGGCUGGAGACGAUGCGCCUCAAUGCUUAUCCGCUCUUCGUCGUCUUGAUGGGCUUGUCAAGCAGGCCGCUCCUCUCGCUGUCCAUGAUGCUCCGCAAUUCGCUUGUCGCGGCACUUUGUGUGCCUGCCUUUGUUUUCGCCCAGGACACUUCCCCUGACAACACCUGCGUCGUCCAGCCAGCUCCCAACGGCACCGACUCGGCCCCGGCAAUCAUUCAGGCGUUCCACAAGUGCGGUCACAACGAUGCCGCCAACCGCGGCAAGGUCGUGUUCCUGAACGAGACUUACACGGUCAAGUCCGUCAUGAACACGACCGGCCUGAGCAACGUCGAUGUUGACAUCCAGGGAACCCUUCUCUGGGAUACGAACAUCCCCUACUGGCUCAACGCUUCUCUCCCUGUCGGCUACCAGAACCAGUCUAGCGCCUGGCUCUUUGGUGGAGAGAACCUGCGGUGGACUGGCAACGGAUACGGCACCCUUGACGGCAACGGCCAGGUCUGGUAUGACUUCGUCAACGGCACGAACAACUACAAGGGCCGCCCGCAUGCCAUCACCAUCACCGGUACGAAGGACAGCGUCUUUGAGGCUACUCGUUUUGUCCAGAGCCAGAUGUGGACAAUGACCAUCAUUCACUCGGAGAAUAUCCUCCUGGAGGAUAUUUAUAUCAACAGCACCGACAUCAAGCAGGCUGUCGGCUUCGACUUCUCCUCCCUGAACACGGAUGGUGCCGACACUGUCUACGCCAACAACAUCACCUUCCGCAGGUGGAUCGUCGACAACGGCGAUGACUCGAUCUCCACGAAGGCCAACAGCACCAACAUCCUGAUCGAGGACUGCGAGUUCCACACCGGUCUCGGCGUUGCCAUCGGUAGCAUUGGCCAAUACGACGGCGUCUACGAGACCAUCGAGAACGUCACCGCGCGCAACAUCAUCAUCAACAACAUGCGCUACGGCGUGUACGUCAAGACGUGGACGGGCAACUCGACGGGCUACCCGCCCAACGGCGGCGGCGGCGGCCUCGGCUACGCCGCCAACAUGACGUUCGAGAACUUCGAGCUGCGCAACGCCUCGGGCAUCAUGGCCGUGACGCAGUGCACCAGCUACAACGGCGCCACCGGCGGCUGCGACACGAGCGAGUUCAACAUCCGCGACAUGGUCAUGCGUAACUGGACCGGUACUACUACUAGCGACGUCGUUGCUGCUAUUCAGUGCAGCGCGAAGAGCCCCUGCACCGGCAUCACCAUCGAGGGUAUUGACUUGCUCGACACCGUCAACUCGACCGCCCCGGCCAACUGGCUGUGCUCCAACGUCGAGGGCCCCAUCGGCUUCAACUGCACCGGCGAGCCGUGGGAGGAGAACAACAGGUAG